GUACACAUUUUGCUGGUCAUGCCGCGUACUUUUGUUAAAUAAUACCGUUGUUAUGCUUAUUUAGAAACGAGAAAUCGUUGAUUUCAGAUAUUUCAUGAGAAUUUCUGUGAAUGGUUGCGAAGAUGGUGAAAGAAGAAAGUACUGAUGUUGAGAUGAAGGAUGCGUCAAGUCCAGGCGAAGCGUCAACAAAUAACGAAGAAGUGAAAAAAGAUCCCGAUUUGUUAACAAUAGAAGAUAUCAAGGAGCAGGUUAAGCAUUUAGAAAAGUCUGUGUCCACAAAAGAGCCACGUUUCAUGUCCCGUGUAGUACGGGGUUUGGUUCCUGUCAGACGGCGUCUUAAUCAUACAGUGCUACGAAAACUUCUCUAUGGUUACAUGAGUUCGCAGGUUCAAACCCCUCAGAGGGAGGAGCUCUCAGCAUUCUUACCAGAGCCAAUGGAAACAAAUGGUAUUGGUAGUGCCUUCAGACCACGAUCAGGGAAGACCGCUAAAGAUUCCUUGUUACCUGAGCUGGAGAUUUACCUGCAUCUCCUGAUACUUAUACACCUGAUUGACACUAAACGAUAUAAAGAGGCAUUGAAAUGUUCAGAUUCAUUAAUGUCCAAAGUAGUGCCCCAGAACAGGAGAACUCUAGAUAUGCUGGCAGCCAGAUGCUAUUUUUAUCAUUCACGGGUGUAUGAGUUGACAAAUCAACUUGACAAAGUGCGCACUUUCUUCCAUGCACGUCUACGCACUGCCUCCCUGAGGUCAGACUACGAAGGCCAGGCUGUUCUGUUGAACCUCCUGUUGAGGAACUAUCUCAGUUUUAACCUGUUUGAACAGGCAGACAAGCUGGUGUCAAAGUCAACGUUUCCAGAAACAGCCACUAAUAAUGAGUGGGCAAGAUUUUUAUAUUAUCUAGGCAAGUGUGAAGUUAUUCAGGCAGCUCAGCUGGAGUACUCAGAGGCUCAUAAACAUUUGGUACAGGCCAUUCGAAAAGCUCCACAAAUGCCUGCAGUCGGAUUUAAACAAACAGUAAGUCAGAAGCUGGCAAUAACAGUGGAGUUGUUACUGGGGGAUAUACCAGAUCGGGCUGUGUUCAGAGAGCCAUCGCUGAAGAAGACAUUAGCUCCAUACUUUUUACUAACGCAAGCUGUGAGGACAGGCAAUCUAGCAAAAUUCAACGAGGUAUUAAGGAAGUUUGGAAGUAAAUUCCAAUCAGAAAACACAUACACGCUGAUUAUCCGUUUGCGACAUAAUGUGAUCAAGACUGGCGUGAGAAUGAUCAGCCUGUCAUACUCACGGAUAUCCCUCUCAGACAUUGCCCAGAAACUUAUGCUGGAUAGCCCUGAAGAUGCAGAGUACAUUGUAGCCAAGGCUAUCAGAGAUGGGGUGAUAGAGGCAGUUAUUGACCAUGAGAAGGGCUAUGUCAAAUCAAAAGAAACCAUAGACAUAUACUGCACAAAGGAACCAAUGGCUGCAUUCCAUCAGAGAAUUAGCUUCUGUCUGGAUAUCCACAAUCACUCUGUCAAGGCCAUGAGGUUCCCACCAAAGUCGUACAACAAGGAUCUGGAAUCAGCAGAGGAUAGACGAGAGCGCGAGCAGCAGGAGCUUGAGAGUGCCAAAGAAAUUGCUGAUGAGGACUUUGACGGCUUCCCGUAAAGCUGUAGCAGGGACACAGGCGGGCUGGACUCCCCGGGGGUGGGGGGUGUUGUGUGAGGUGCCCACCAGCUGACCUCCCUCUGCACCAGUGACCACCACACUCAAAUAUUGAUCGGUUGACCAUGGACACACCACUGGUCUAUCGAUCCAGUCUGCGCCUUCCUUCAGCCCCAGUCUGUCAGGACUGGGACUCUGCCCACGCCAGUUUUACAAGCGUAUCUUCUGUAUUGGCCGCAUUUUAACCAGUCUUGACCUGGCCUACCGCUAGCCUCAGAGAGCAUCAUCAACUGCAGGUAUUAUAGUUCGUUGAUGUCCAUGCUGUGUUUUUCAUUGUUGACUUUCCCUUCUUUGACUUCAUGUACAUAUAUAUAUAU